AUGCUCACACGCUCAUGCAUGCUCACACGCUCAUGCAUGCUCACACGCUCAUGCAUGCUCACACGCUCAUGCAUGCUCACACGCUCAUGCAUGCUCACACGCUCAUGCAUGCUCACACGCUCAUGCAUGCUCACACGCUCAUGCAUGCUCACACGCUCAUGCAUGCUCACACGCUCAUGCAUGCUCACACGCUCAAUGCAUGCUCACACGCUCAUGCAUGCUCACACGACUCAUGCAUGCUCACACGCUCAGCAUGCUCACACGCUCAUGCAUGCUCACACGCUCAUGCAUGCUCACACGCUCAUGCAUGCUCACACGCUCAUGCAUGCUCACACGCUCAUGCAUGCUCACACGCUCAUGCAUGCUCACACGCUCAUGCAUGCUCACACGCUCAUGCAUGCUCACACGCUCAUGCAUGCUCACACGCUCAUGCAUGCUCACACGCUCAUGCAUGCUCACACGCUCAUGCAUGCUCACACGCUCAUGCAUGCUCACACGCUCAUGCAUGCUCACACGCUCAUGCAUGCUCACACGCUCAUGCAUGCUCACACGCUCAUGCAUGCUCACCGCUCAUGCAUGCUCACACGCUCAUGCAUGCUCACACGCUCAUGCAUGCUCACACGCUCAUGCAUGCUCACACGCUCAUGCAUGCUCACACGCUCAUGCAUGCUCACACGCUCAUGCAUGCUCACACGCUCAUGCAUGCUCACACGCUCAUGCAUGCUCACACGCUCAUGCAUGCUCACACGCUCAUGCAUGCUCACACGCUCAUGCAUGCUCACACGCUCAUGCAUGCUCACACGCUCAUGCAUGCUCACACGCUCAUGCAUGCUCACACGCUCAUGCAUGCUCACACGCUCAUGCAUGCUCACACGCUCAUGCAUGCUCACACGCUCAUGCAUGCUCACACGCUCAUGCAUGCUCACACCGCUCAUGCAUGCUCACACGCUCAUGCAUGCUCACACGCUCAUGCAUGCUCACACGCUCAUGCAUGCUCACACGCUCAUGCAUGGCUCACACGCUCAUGCAUGCUCACACGCUCAUGCAUGCUCACACGCUCAUGCAUGCUCACACGCUCAUGCAUGCUCACACGCUCAUGCAUGCUCACACGCUCAUGCAUGCUCACACGCUCAUGCAUGCUCACACGCUCAUGCAUGCUCACACGCUCAUGCAUGCUCACACGCUCAUGCAUGCUCACACGCUCAUGCAUGGCUCACACGCUCAUGCAUGCUCACACGCUCAUGCAUGCUCACACGCUCAUGCAUGCUCACACGCUCAUGCAUGCUCACACGCUCAUGCAUGCUCACACGCUCAUGCAUGCUCACACGCUCAUGCAUGCUCACACGCUCAUGCAUGCUCACACGCUCAUGCAUGCUCACACGCUCAUGCAUGCUCACACGCUCAUGCAUGCUCACACGCUCAUGCAUGCUCACACGCCUCAUGCAUGCUCACACGCUCAUGCAUGCUCACACGCUCAUGCAUGCUCACACGCUCAUGCAUGCUCACACGCUCAUGCAUGCUCACACGCUCAUGCAUGCUCACACGCUCAUGCAUGCUCACACGCUCAUGCAUGCUCACACGCUCAUGCAUGCUCACACGCUCAUGCAUGCUCACACGCUCAUGCAUGCUCACACGGCUCAUGCAUGCUCACCACGCUCAUGCAUGCCUCACACGCUCAUGCAUGCUCACACGCUCAUGCAUGCUCACACGCUCAUGCAUGCUCACACGCUCAUGCAUGCUCACAGCUCAUGCAUGCUCACACAGCAGCUCACGUCAUGCAUGCUCACACGCUCAUGCAUGCUCACACGCUCAUGCAUGCUCACACGCUCAUGCAUGCUCACACGGCUCAUGCAUGCUCACACGCUCAUGCAUGCUCACACGCUCAUGCAUGCUCACACGCUCAUGCAUGCUCACACGCUCAUGCAUGCUCACACGCUCAUGCAUGCUCACACGCUCAUGCAUGCUCACACGCUCAUGCAUGCUCACACGCUCAUGCAUGCUCACACGCUCAUGCAUGCUCACACGCUCAUGCAUGCUCACACGCUCAUGCAUGCUCACACGCUCAUGCAUGCUCACACGCUCAUGCAUGCUCACACGCUCAUGCAUGCUCACACGCUCAUGCAUGCUCACACGCUCAUGCAUGCUCACACGCUCAUGCAUGCUCACACGCUCAUGCAUGCUCACACGCUCAUGCAUGCUCACACGCUCAUGCAUGCUCACACGCUCAUGCAUGCUCACACGCUCAUGCAUGCUCACACGCUCAUGCAUGCUCACACGCUCAUGCAUGCUCACACGCUCAUGCAUGCUCACACGCUCAUGCAUGCUCACACGCUCAUGCAUGCUCACACGCUCAUGCAUGCUCACACGCUCAUGCAUGCUCACACGCUCAUGCAUGCUCACACGCUCAUGCAUGCUCACACGCUCAUGCAUGCUCACACGCUCAUGCAUGCUCACACGCUCAUGCAUGCUCACACGCUCAUGCAUGCUCACACGCUCAUGCAUGCUCACACGCUCAUGCAUGCUCACACGCUCAUGCAUGCUCACACGCUCAUGCAUGCUCACACGCUCAUGCAUGCUCACACGCUCAUGCAUGCUCACACGCUCAUGCAUGCUCACACGCUCAUGCAUGCUCACACGCUCAUGCAUGCUCACACGCUCAUGCAUGCUCACACGCUCAUGCAUGCUCACACGCUCAUGCAUGCUCACACGCUCAUGCAUGCUCACACGCUCAUGCAUGCUCACACGCUCAUGCAUGCUCACACGCUCAUGCAUGCUCACACGCUCAUGCAUGCUCACACGCUCAUGCAUGCUCACACGCUCAUGCAUGCUCACACGCUCAUGCAUGCUCACACGCUCAUGCAUGCUCACACGCUCAUGCAUGCUCACACGCUCAUGCAUGCUCACACGCUCAUGCAUGCUCACACGCUCAUGCAUGCUCACACGCUCAUGCAUGCUCACACGCUCAUGCAUGCUCACACGCUCAUGCAUGCUCACACGCUCAUGCAUGCUCACACGCUCAUGCAUGCUCACACGCUCAUGCAUGCUCACACGCUCAUGCAUGCUCACACGCUCAUGCAUGCUCACACGCUCAUGCAUGCUCACACGCUCAUGCAUGCUCACACGCUCAUGCAUGCUCACACGCUCAUGCAUGCUCACACGCUCAUGCAUGCUCACACGCUCAUGCAUGCUCACACGCUCAUGCAUGCUCACACGCUCAUGCAUGCUCACACGCUCAUGCAUGCUCACACGCUCAUGCAUGCUCACACGCUCAUGCAUGCUCACACGCUCAUGCAUGCUCACACGCUCAUGCAUGCUCACACGCUCAUGCAUGCUCACACGCUCAUGCAUGCUCACACGCUCAUGCAUGCUCACACGCUCAUGCAUGCUCACACGCUCAUGCAUGCUCACACGCUCAUGCAUGCUCACACGCUCAUGCAUGCUCACACGCUCAUGCAUGCUCACACGCUCAUGCAUGCUCACACGCUCAUGCAUGCUCACACGCUCAUGCAUGCUCACACGCUCAUGCAUGCUCACACGCUCAUGCAUGCUCACACGCUCAUGCAUGCUCACACGCUCAUGCAUGCUCACACGCUCAUGCAUGCUCACACGCUCAUGCAUGCUCACACGCUCAUGCAUGCUCACACGCUCAUGCAUGCUCACACGCUCAUGCAUGCUCACACGCUCAUGCAUGCUCACACGCUCAUGCAUGCUCACACGCUCAUGCAUGCUCACACGCUCAUGCAUGCUCACACGCUCAUGCAUGCUCACACGCUCAUGCAUGCUCACACGCUCAUGCAUGCUCACACGCUCAUGCAUGCUCACACGCUCAUGCAUGCUCACACGCUCAUGCAUGCUCACACGCUCAUGCAUCGCUCACACGCUCAUGCAUGCUCACACGCUUCAUGGCAUGCUCACACGCUCAUGCAUGCCUCACACGCUCAUGCAUGCUCACACGCUCAUGCAUGCUCACACGCUCAUGCAUGCUCCACACGCUCAUGCAUGCUCACACGCUCAUGCAUGCUCACACGCUCAUGCAUUGCUCACACGCUCAUGCAUGCUCACACGCUCAUGCAUGCUCACACGCUCAUGCAGUGCUCACACGCUCCUGCAUGCUCACACGCUCAUGCAUCCUCAUGCAUGCUCACACGCUCAUUGCCAUGCUCCACACGCUCAUGCAUGCUCACACGCUCAUGCAUGCUUCACACGCUCAUGGCAUGCUCACACGCUCAUGCAUGCCACACGCUCAUGCAUGCUCACACGCUAUGCAUGCUCACCCGUGCUCACACGCUCAUGCAUGCUCACACGCUCAUGCAUGCUCACACGCUCAUGCAUGCUCACACGCUCAUGCAUGCUCACACGCUCAUGCAUGCUCACACGCUCAUGCAUGCUCACACGCUCAUGCAUGCUCACACGCUCAUGCAUGCUCACACGCUCAUGCAUGCUCACACGCUCAUGCAUGCUCACACGCUCAUGCAUGCUCACACGCUCAUGCAUGCUCACACGCUCAUGCAUGCUCACACGCUCAUGCAUGCUCACACGCUCAUGCAUGCUCACACGCUCAUGCAUGCUCACACGCUCAUGCAUGCUCACACGCUCAUGCAUGCUCACACGCUCAUGCAUGCUCACACGCUCAUGCAUGCUCACACGCUCAUGCAUGCUCACACGCUCAUGCAUGCUCACACGCUCAUGCAUGCUCACACGCUCAUGCAUGCUCACACGCUCAUGCAUGCUCACACGCUCAUGCAUGCUCACACGCUCAUGCAUGCUCACACGCUCAUGCAUGCAAUCCAAACGCUUGCAUCAGAAGUGCUGCACUUGCUGUGA